AUGCGUGCAUUCUUCGUUUUGUGCUUAGCUGCCGUUGCCUACGCCGAUAAGUUGGGCUAUAAUUACAGUCCUGUGGGACAUUCCGACUCUGGACUUUCCUUCUCACCUGGCAGUUCUGGCAGCAGCGGAAGCCUUGGAGGAUUGGGAGGUCUUGGCGGUAAUGCUGGACUGGGAGGCAGUGGAGGUCUUGGAGGUCUCGGAGGGCUUGUAGGCAGUGGUGGACCAGGUAGCAGCGGAAGCCUUGGAGGACUCGGGGGUCUUGGCGGUAAUGGUGGGCUAGGUGGCAGUGGAGGACUUGGCGGAAUUGGUGGUGGUAUUGGUGCUCCAGCUGGUGGCUCCGGAAGUGUCGGUCCAUCUUACUCAGCACCCGCCGAGUUGAACAAAGAAUUUUACACUUACACUGCUCCCGAUGAGGACUUUAAUGACGCUGAUGCCGUUCAAAAGGUUGCCAGCACUCUGAAAAAGAACCUACGUGUUGUCUUCAUUAAGGGACCCGAAAACACCGGUCUUGAAAACGCCGCCCUCCAACUGGCUAAACAUGCUGGCGAAGACAAAACCGCUAUCUACAUUUUGCAGAAACAAAGCGACAUCUCAGAUUUGGCUAACAAACUUAAUGCCAUCCAAGGUCAGAGCAGCCAUAAACCCGAAGUGCACUUCGUCAAAUACCGUACUCCUGAAGAUGCCGCCAAUGCUCAACAAGCUAUCCAAUCACAAUACGACCAAUUGGGUGGAAACUCCCAAUCGCACGAUGGUGGCGUGGCCCCAGUGCACAACUUCGCUUCUCAAGCUCCAGUUCGCGCACCCGAAGUGCACGCUCCCCGCAACGCCUACUUGCCAUCUUCCAUCAUCCGCUUUUGAGUUGGAUUGAAUAAGCUGAUGGAUUGAACCAGUUAUUUCCGUGUUUAAUCUUUUGCUUUAUAGAAGGACUGAUUUGUUAC